AUGCAACUCCCGGAAGAAAUUCUCGACAUGAUCAUGGGCCAUGUCCUGGACAUGGACAGCUCGGAACUCACGAUCCAGAAGAAGCACGCGCGGCAGUCCAACAACGAACGCCGCAACAAACCCGGUCUCCAGACUCUGGCCAGCCUGCGUCUCACGAACAAGACCUUCAACCGCAUCGCCUCACCAUGGCUGUUUCGACAGGUGGAUAUCAGACUCACCGGCAGCUACACCAGGCCCCCGGUGUGGAGGCUGCAGCAGAUCGCGAACAGCCCGCACGCCCGGCAUGUGCGCCAGGUUGACCUUGGAUUCGCCCGAUCCAUCCGAGGGGAUGGUAGGCAGCGAUGGUCACAGGCGUCUAUGCCACCCCCCUACCUAGAUGAUGGUGGCAGCGUUGAGAGGGGCGCCUACGAGGCGGCGCUGGCGGAAUGUCUACCAUCGUGCUUGGCCAAAUUUUCCAAUCUCAAGGCUCUGGGCCUGGAUGACCCCAGUUCCCCCCUGAAGGAUCUGGACGAUGCCAACUCUGCCCUCUGCCGGAUCGUGGCGGAUAGUCUCCGCCAGGUGCCCGGGCUGGAUCGCGAGGAGCUUCGGCUCGAACUGCCUCGGACUUGGUAUCUUGACGCGAUCGAACCUCGGUUGAAUGUCCCGAACAGCAUGCGCCUGCGACACGUCUUUCACCGUCUCCGACAUCUCGGGGCUCUUGUGCUCAGACAUCGGACACGACAGCCCGACGGCAGCAACCUGCAGCAGAUCAUGGAAUUGCCGACCCUCCCGCUGGCCGAUUGGGCCGUCAAUGUCAAGGCCCUUGAGAUCGGGUCCGUGAACGAAUCGCGUCUUCCCCGGUUCACGUUCAGCCCCUCCCCCCUUCGUCUUGAAUCCCUCUUCCUCCGCCGGGUCCGAUUCUCCGAUCGGGCGCUUUUGCAUCUUCUCCAGCAGUGUCGGCAUUCCAUCCAACGCAUCUUCUUCGCGGAAUGUCGUCUCGAGACGGGCACAUGGCGGGAGGCUUUCGUGUGGAUGAGGGAUCUCCCUCGCCUGGUGGAUCUCGGUAUAGAUGAAGCUUCGUUCCGCAGUGAUAGUGAUGGCCAUGAUCGAGCCCUCCUCGGAUCCCAGAAUAGCGUCUACUCCUGCGGAAUGACAGCCAGUGGAGGUCCCUGUUAUCCCCGGACUCCCAACGUGCACGCGCUCUGGCUUCUCCGAUCGCAAGGAUACUAUCAGGCCCCGGGGAAUAUCCCGGAGCCUAGUAGUAUCUCUAGUCUCCCAGAGGGCAUCCCAGGAGGAACGAUACAAGCCAGCAGUUCCUAAAAGACUCUACAACCAAACAAAAAUCCUCACCGCCCAAUACAUCAUCCCGGGCUUUCCUCUUCCAGAGCUCACAUAUCCUGAAGCCGAACAGGCAAACAAACCAAUGCCAUCCCCAACCUCGAUGGAUGAGAUUCUAUCAACACGCCAACCAUCCAAAUUUGCAUUGCCGGAUGUAUCCCCAUGUGCCGUUUUCGAUGUGGUAAUGGCUUGGGUGUUGGGGCUGCUGCUUAUGGCUGUUGGGCUGGUUGUACGACUGGGGGGGAUAUUUACUGCCUUAAGACAACUAAUCCUGCAGUAUUGCUAGACUAUACAUUCUUCCCUUCUCAAUUUU